AUGUCGGUUGUCGGGCGAUUUCGUUUAAUCGUUCCUGGCGCGACAGCCAAGCCAGCUCCAAAAUUGGGGCAAGCUUUGGGACCUUUGGGAAUCAAUAUGGUGACAUUCUGCAAAGACUUCAAUGCGCGGACGACCAAAGUGCGACCAGAGGUUCCACUUCAGUGCACCUUGGUGCCCCGAUCGGAUCGCACUUACAAAUUCUUUCUACGAACGCCACAGUCCCCUUGGUUUCUCCUGCGGUGCGCUAGGAUGGCGAAAGGGUCUGACUUUGGUCAGGGGGCUCCGCCUGUUGGCAACAUCACCUUGAAGGAGCUCUUCCAUAUAGCCAAGGCCAAGAGCAUGGAUCCGCAGCUGAUUGGAGUGCCGGUAAGAACAAUCUGUCUUGGCCUCAUGCGCACCGCCAAGCAGAUGGGCAUCAAAAUAUCUCGGACCUUGGAGCCCGAGUUCUCGAAGCGGGAUGACGAACCGGUCGAGGGCCUGGAAGAAAAGCGGAAGCAGCUGCGCCUUCUCAACAAGGCGCAGAAGAAAGGAAAGGCCAAGAAAUGA